AUGGCAGAAUUGAAAUAUAAUAAUCUCAAAAAGUAACUUUCUGGCAAAAUAUUUGCUGAAGGUCAAGAUUAUGGUGAAAAAUAGGAGAAUUCAUCAUAUAAAUUAGCUAAUGAAAUACCCUCAUAAAAUGAAUUAAAAGAUCAAGUGCACUAUCUAUAUUUUUUGCGAUCCCCUCGUGGUUUUUUUGCUUGUUUAGAUAUUUUACUGUGCUGCUAAAUGUAUAAUUUUUGCGAUACAAGUUUGCCAUACUAUCUAGAAGAAGAAUUUAGAUUUAAUCCAAGUAUGAUCAGUUUGGUAUUCGUAGCUUAAAACAUUGCUUUUGUGAUAACUUGCUUUUUCGCUCCGAAGCUGACCCAGAAAUUCAAUAUGAUUUUGUGUAUUGUUAUGGCUCAAGUAAUUUAAGGAAUAGCUGCUCAGCUAAUAGGUCCCAAUUAGAUGAUUCACUUACCAAAGUAAGUCUGGAUCACAGUAUUAGGACUUUUGAUAAAUGGAGGGGCAACAUCAAUGACGAUUAUUACUCCAUAUAAAUAGCUUGAAUUAGCAAUAUUAGAAUAAAAAGGGAAGAAUUUUGAUCAUGAAGCAGUGAAAGAUACUGUCUCUGGAGCUUUUAAUGCUCUAUAUGAUUUUGGGUCUACAACUGGGCCAAUUUUCGGAUACUAUGUUACAGCAGCUACCAAUUUUACAUUCACUUCUAAUCUUUAAGGAUAUAUGUUAUUCAUAGUAGCCUUUCUCUAGCUUUUGUUCUUUUAUAUUCCAGAAAAGUUAAAUGAAAGAAAAAACAAAGUUAUAUAAAUACUAAAGAUACCAGUAAAUUUCAAAAAAAUCUGA